AUGUUCAGCGGAAUAUACGGCCAGACGGCUCAGGAUGGAAGGUCAGGCACACCGGCCAGUCACUAUCCGGGGCUGGACUACAACAACACCAAUCCCUACCUAUGGCUUAAUGCAGCAGCUUCGAACCCUGCAGCAGCCGCCUCUUUAGGUUCGAAUCCUUAUGCUGCUUCUUAUAUGCAAGCAGCAAGCCAGUAUGGUCCUGGCUUUGGCGGCGAUCUGAGCAGUUUAUGGACGAUCCCAAAUCAGGCGGAGCUUUUCAAACUUGUCAGACCGCCUUACUCUUAUUCUGCUUUGAUAGCAAUGGCGAUCCAAAAUGCGCCAGACAAAAAGCUGACGCUCUCGCAGAUUUACCAGUACGUGGCGGAGAACUUUCCGUUCUACAAAAAGUCAAGAGCUGGAUGGCAAAAUUCCAUUCGCCACAAUCUGUCCCUCAAUGACUGUUUCAAAAAGGUUCCGAGAGAUGAAGAUGAUCCGGGCAAGGGUAACUACUGGACCUUAGAUCCAAACUGCGAAAAAAUGUUCGACAAUGGAAACUUCCGACGAAAACGCAAGCGCAGAGAUGCGAAUGGAAAGCUCGACUAUGAUCGACCUCCAGAUUACAACCUCCCACACGUCCCCCAUCCUCCUGGAAAUGUUGCGACAAGUCCAACUGGAGCUGUAGAAGGAUCAACAGAGCAGCCUGCCUCGCAUCAACCACCAUCAAGCGUGGCAGAAGCAGCUACACAGCAACAUCAAGCAAUCGCUUCCACGUCAUCAGAUGUCCCGUCGACAACACAUUUGACUCCGGCGCACACUUCUGUAAUUCAAGAACAAACUCUUGCGCCGCCACUGCCGGCUCAGUCUCCACUUCCGCCGCAGGGAAGCAUUGCCGCCGCCGUGAAGACCGAGCUGAACAUGUCUCUCAAGACUGAGAUCGAUGCCCGACCUCCGCCAGUUCCGGAUCAGAGUCAGCUGGGAAUAAGCUGGGGCGACCAAGCUACACCUGCUCCUCCGCCAGUAUCCGACCAGCCCCCUGUGCCCACAUCCACGAUCUCCUACAACCCCGAUUACAACGGCGGCGCUUUCACCUACAACUUCAGCGUAAAUAACAUGAUCCACAAGGCUCAGGAAGGUGCUGCAGAGUACAAACUCUGA